ACUUGUAUUUACAUAAAAAGGAUUUAAAUGAGAUUAAUACUCUGACUGAAUUGUUUGAACUAAUAUGAAUAGUAACUCUUCCCAACAGAGUGGACAGAGUGCGAUAGAAAUAAAGAAUUUAACAAUGUAAGGACAAGACUUGAUAGAUCACGGAUGACAUGUGGUUCGCAUUUUACAGUUUGACUAUGCCACUGAACAUAUAUUCAUAGUGGAAUUUCAAUGUUUAGUUACUAUGGCAUCGGACAUAGAUCCUGCAUUAUUAGCUCUAACUGGAUCUAAGAUUGAACUUUUGAUCAGUUGUAAUAAUCUAGCUGACUUGGAUGAAUUCACUAAGUCUGAUCCAAUGUGUGUCAUGUUCAUAAAACAAUUUGGACAAUGGAAGGAAUAUGGGCGAACAGAGGCAAUACGGAAUACGCUGAAUCCUAGAUUUGUUAAUUCCUUCAUCAUAAAUUUAGAACCAUCAGUUACACAGCAUUUGAAAUUUUCACUAUAUGACAUUGACAGUCGUUCACAAGAUCUUAAACACCAUGACUUCGUUGGCUUUACAGAUGUGACCCUAGACAAAUUGUUAAACUAUCCAAAAACUGUCUGUACAACGAGUAAAAACCUCAGAACUGCAGGCGACUCGCGUCCACGAGGGAUGAUCAACAUCACAACAGAACUAUUGAAAGACUCGAGAAACAAGGUCAGCAUUCAUGCUCAAGGACAUAAACUGGAUAAGAAGGGACUAUUUUCUAUGAAUAAGCCAGACGUGUAUCUUGAAAUAUCACGGAGUAUAGAAAAUAUAGUUUACCUUCCUGUUUACAGAACAGAAAUUGUUUAUAAGUCUACUAGUCCUAGGUGGCGACCUUUUGAAAUUUCACUUCAAAAAUUGUGCAAUACAGAAUGGGAUCGCAAUAUUGAGUUCUCGUGUUGGCAUUUUAGUGGUUCCAACUAUCAUUUGAUAGGAAGAAAAAUUACCUCACUCAGAGAUAUGAACAAUCAACCUAUGAAUGGUCAUUACAAGGAAGUAUCAUUAUCUAGUCCAAAGAAGGAGAAAUCGGGUAAAAAGAAACCAACUUAUACUGGUUCCUUACGUUUUUAUCAAUUCAGGGUGGAUUUACAUUAUACUUUGCUAGAUUUUAUACGUGGUGGGUUGGAGUUAAAUUUAGUAAUAGCCAUCGAUUUUACUGCCUCAAAUGGUAAUAUAGACGAGGAAUUAUCGCUUCAUAAUAUAUCUGAUAUACGGGACAAUCAAUAUUUAGAUGCAAUAGAAACAAUUGGUUCUUUAAUCACUCAGUACAACUAUGACAGACAAGUAACAGCGUUUGGCUUUGGUGCUAAAUGGAUAAACAGGGAUCUGCCAUAUUGUUUUCCUUUGACAGGGGAUCAAAACAGAUACACAGUUAAAGGAAUAAAGAAUGUGACAGAAACAUAUGAAACUGCAGUAUGUAAUCUCAAAUUUGGUGGACCUACAUGUGUCGCUCAUGUCAUUGAGAAGGCAGCGAAUAUUGCAGAAAGGGAAAAUAUAUCUCAGAAUAAACAAGUGUAUACUGUAUUACUGAUCAUUACGGAUGGUGUUAUUAAUGACUUAGACCGGACCAUACGUCGUGUUGUGUCUGUUAGUCAUCUUCCAUUAUCCAUCAUUGUCAUCGGUGUUGGACCUGCUGAUUUUUCAUUAAUGGGGCAAUUUAAUUCGGAUCGGGAAGUCAAAUUGAAAAAUGACAAAACAAAGGAAGAAGCUCUUCGACGUAAUACAUAUUUUGCAGCAUUUAAAAAAGACCAUACGAACACCAGUACAAAUAUUUCUGCAGCAAGGGAAUCGUUUGCAGCUCUUUCAGUGCAAAUUUUAGAAUAUAUGAAAAUAAACAGUAUUCAUCCAAACAAGGCCAAAAUACUACGCACUAAAAAAGAAUGGUUUGAUCCUGACAACGACAAAGAUGACACGGAGGUUUCUACAAAACUUAUAAAAGUGUCUUCAUCGGCGUCCUUAUCAGGAUUGUCCCUUAACGGUCCUUCUUGUCCCACAUGUGGCGCACAAAUUGAACCAGGAACGCAUUUAUAUGCAGAUAUUGACAAUAGUUCAUAACAUCAAUGGAAAAUAGAGUUUUAUUAAAAAAGUAUUUACAUUGUAUAUGUUUUUCUUAGCAUAUGGACAAUCAACAUGGUAGUCUCUAUAUGUAUAUUCUAAUACUGUGAUACUCUUACAUUAGUCAGGUUUUAAGAGAGAGAGAGAGAGAGAGAGAGAGAGAGAGAGAGAGACCAAUAUUUUCCUUGGGUAUACUAAUUUAAGCAUUGUGUUCUUUGCAAAUAUCACAAUAAUGACUUACAUGUAGUUUACCUUUUAUAAUGUUAUAUUUUAUUCGUACAGUUUGUAAUAGAAGGACGAAUAGCAAUGAACAAACGUUUGAUAAAUUUGAUUUUUUUGCAUGUUAUAACCUUUAGAAAAUGUCUUAUAUCAAAUAAUGUUUAAUGUUUAUACUUACUUUUACUUCAUCCCGGCUUUUGCCAUAGCAUCGUCUUUUUUUUUAAACACAUGCAUUUUAAUUUCAAAUUUGGUAUCUUCUUCUAUUUAAUUAUCCGUCAGUUAUGUAUUGCUUAACCUCCAGUUUUUAGUAUUAAAAUUUCAUACAUA